AUGGUGAACGGGACCGCGGCGGUGCUGGAGCCCACAUUCACGGGGUAUGUGGCUACCACGCAAGAUGCGCUGAUUUUGUUCGAGGCCUGCUUGACAGGUGUCUUGCACCAUGUCCCCCGCCGACCCCAUGAUCGCGAACGAAGCCACUUGGUGCGCAGUGGCAGCGUCUUCAUCUACGAGGAGAACUCUUCAGGCAUCAAGCGCUGGACCGACGGUGUCACCUGGUCCCCCAGUCGCAUCCUCGGCAACUUCCUGGUCUAUCGCGAACUUGAGAAACCCUUCCCCCCUGGGGAAAAGAAGCGCGCGAUGAAAAAGGCCAACCGACGACCUGUCCCUGCCACCAGACCUGGCGAGCCCUACCCACGACACGACAGCAACGGCUCCGGUUACUCCCCCACAUCACCACCAGGACCGUUUGGCGACAACCGAGCACCACACCAGUCUGAGGUGGAGCGGGCAUUGGUGGGGUCGCUGGUUGACUCGUACGGCUUCAAGGACUCGGGCUUGGUCAAGAAGACCAUGAGCGUCACCGUCAUGGGCAUCACGCACCACCUCGUCUCAUACUAUAGCGUGGAGGACGUGAUGCGCGGUGUACUCAACCCACCAUCCAUGGUCGAAUCCCUGCGCUACAUUCGGCCGCGAGUUGAACUCACCCAAAAACAAAGCUUCCGUGCCCCGAUCGACGACCUGGAGACCAGCGCGAUGGAGAAUCCCCACGACCCCUCACACGCCGCUCUGUACGGCUACCGGCCCCAGCAGAUGAUGGCCCCGCCCGGCGCCUAUAGCAUGCCCAAUCCCUCUGCCGACUUCUACAUGCACGCCGGCCCCUAUGCCGCUACCCAUGCCCCGCAACAACCAGGCCCCAUCACAGGCUAUUCGAUGGCGGGCUCCAUGCCUGGCCAGUCCGCGCCAAACCCAUAUCUUCCCUCUCCUUCGGCGGUGGCCGCAAACUCUGCCGCCAUGGGUCCUAAACCUGAAGACUAUCACGCGUUCCGUGCAGGGCCCUACGGCGGCAGCAUGGACAGCGUCAGCCAUAGCUCGCUAUCUUCCAGCAUCCCAGGCAUGAACACGGCGAUUCCAUCUUCAUUCAGCGACCGUAACCGCUCCGCCUCCGACCACAGUCCCUCCGCUUACCGCAACUCAUCCAUUUCUUCGCGCAGCGUUGCGACCGACGCGACCUCGCCGAUGGAUCCAUCAACACCUGGGACUUACUCGCGCAGCAGUUUCAGUCUCUCCAGCCAGCUGGAAGCUAGCAACCCCAACACACCCAUUGAAAGCCGCGGUAUGGGCCCACUGGAUCAUCAUAACGUGCCGCGACGCGACUCGAACCCCGUGCAUCCAUCCUACUAUGCCCCCGACCGCAGCCAGUAUUACGUGAAUGCGGCGACUCCGGUAAAUCACCCCCACUACGCAGCCGCGCAGCCACUAUCAACGUGGACGACAACGGCGCCCGCACAACCGCAAAUCUAA